AUGGCUACCCGCACUUCAUCGUUGGACAAAACUUCACAAGCCGAGGCGCACGGUCCCUCUGGCGGCGACUCGCUCCACUCGGACUUGCAUCUAGUCGAUGAGUCGGCCGGUGUUCAGAAGAUCACAGCCAUGUCCAACGAGAUCGAUCUGCCUCUCCGUAUCUUUCUGUUCGUCGGUAAGUUACACUAUCGCAUGAUCAUGUUCAAAAUACCAUCAGGAGCUAGCCCCCUGUGAUCCCUGACCUGCCCCGUCAACUAAUCUUUCGCCACUGCGAAAUCCCGUCAGGCGUCUUCGUCAUCUCUUAUGCCUGUGGCCUCGACGGCACCAUCCGAUACACAUAUCAGCCGAUCGCAACAGCUUCGUAUUCGCAGCACUCUCUUCUUGCCACCAUCAACGUUUUGCGUUCGAUCGUGGCGGCGGCCGUCCAGCCGCCAUACGCCAAAAUUGCUGAUGUUUUUGGUCGCUUCGAGCUCAUCCUCCUCUCAAUUGUCUUCUACAUUGUCGGAACGAUCGUCGAGGCAACCGCAACAGGUGUAAAAGGAUUUUGUGCCGGUGCGGUCUUGUACCAGUUCGCGUACUCUGCCAUUAUUCUGCUCGUGGAAGUCACGAUUGGCGACGUCACCUCGCUCCGCUCUCGUCUAUUCUUCUCCUACAUCCCGGCUGUGCCGUUUGUGAUCAACACCUGGGUCUCGGGAGAUGUCACGAAAGCCGUUCUCGCCACGACGACAUGGCGGUGAGUCUUUGCCAGAGAGCAUGUAUAGGUAUACUCUUGAAAACUGACACUUGGCUUUGCUCUGCGCAGAUGGGGCAUCGGGAUGUGGGGCAUCAUUUACCCUGUCUGUUGCCUCCCUCUCCUGGCUGCGUUGUUCAUCGCCAAUCGACGAGCCAAGAGAAAUGGUAGCAAAGCCGGUGUACAGACUCUAUACCAACGCCUCGGAUUCAGGAAGCUCGUCGUCCACCUGUUCUGGGAGCUAGAUGUGAGUCACCUCGGUAUUGUUUGGAAUAGGUAACUGGUUCUCGUGCUCAUCACGUUGCCAUUUGCCAGAUCUUCGGCCUCAUUUUGCUCAUUGCCGCGUUUUCCCUCUUCCUGCUGCCUUUCACCCUCGCGGGAGGAGAAACGAGGACCUGGGGGCGUCCCCACAUCAUCAUCAUGCUCGUGGUCGGCAUCCUCUGCAUCCCUGCCUUCGUUCUGUGGGAGCUUCGCUUCGCGCCCGUCCCUGCGAUUCCUUUCAAGCUCCUCAACAACCGCACCGUCCUCGGCUGCCUCGGGAUCGCUUCCUUGCUCAACUGCUCGUGGUACCUCCAGGGGGACUAUCUCUACACCGUCCUUGUGAUCGCGUUCGACGAAUCGAUCAAGUCGGCGACUCGUAUCACAUCGCUCUACUCUUUCACCUCGGUGCUCGUCGGUGUGGCUUUGGGCAUCGUCGUUCGCUUUGUGCAGCGCGUCAAACCUUUCAUGAUCGCUGGUAUUGCCUUGUACGCCGUCGCUUUUGGUCUCCUCAUUCGUUUCCGAGGUGGAACGGAGUCGCACGCUGGGAUCAUCGCCGGUCAAGUCAUGCUCGGCUGCGCCGGUGGAAUGUUCCCCUACCCCGCGCAAGCCCUCAUUCAAUCGACGACGCAACACCAACAUCUCGCCAUUAUAACCGCGAUGUACCUUGCCUUCUACAACGUCGGUAGUGCGCUCGGUAACACCAUCUCGGGCGCGAUCUGGACUCAGGUUCUCCCGGGCAAGCUCGCGCGCGAGCUGGCCCCUUUCAACAACUCGACGAUGGGUGCCGAUGUAUACGGCAGCCCCUUCGAGUGGAUCGCGGCCUACCCUGUAUCGACUCUGGAACGCCAAGCGGUGAUUCGAGCCUAUCAAGGAACCCAAAAGAUCUUGUGCACGGUCGGUAUUUGCCUCGUCGUCCCUUUGAUGUGUUGUGCCUUGCUCACGAGGAACACCAAGUUGAGUGCUGCGCAAUCGCUUGAGAAGCCGGCGGAGGGCGACAGGACGAUCGAGCGCGCCGUCCUCGAGAAAGAUGGUCAUGCAUUGGCAUGA